UUAGAAAUACAUUUACACAGCAUUAUUCACACACAUGACCUUUUCUCAAAAAAUUAUCUAGCCCUCAAUCUAUGCCAGAAAAUGUUCUAUGAGCUAGUGAUUCAUCAUAAUGAGACAGAUAUGUUUCCCUUCCUCAGGAGGUUUGCAUUCUAAGACAAGUAAUUACACAUAUUCUAUGAAAUGAUGAGCAGUGACAUGUUGCUAGAAAUGGGUGGCAUGCUUAGGGUGGGAAGGCGUUAACUCCCCCUUUUUACAGAUGAGGAAACUGAGGCUCAAGUUCUCUAGAUUCCUUCUCUGGUUCACAGUAGUGAAUGGCAGAUGGGCAUUUGAACACGGAAUGGUGAUUCUAAGUCCUAAUGCCUCCUUGGGGUAGGAAGGGAGGUGCAGGAAGGUCAGCCUACGUGGUGUGAAGGCUCCGUCCUCAGUGCCCGGCGCCCUCUGACUGCGCGCCAUACCCUCCUGUGGCUGCAGAGUGUGGUGCAGGUGGCGUUUCAGGACCGGCGCCUGCAGUCCACAGAGCAGCAGCAGCUGGUUGAGUGGAGGUGGAGCCGGCCCGGGAACCGCAUCCUGGACAUUGGUGAGUGGGGAAAGGCCCAGGGCCCUUCCAGCCUGCGCUCUGGCUUGGAAGUCCUUGUGGACUGGGAAGGCUGAGCCUGGCUCCCUGCUUUGUCACCUUUGCCUGCGGAUGUGCCACUGUCCCUGGGAGUCAUAGCACCCCAAGUGCUGCCCUCACAGCUCAACACGGUGGAGUUUCACCGGGACCCAACCAAGAGGAUAUCACUUUUCCUGCAGGUUCACUGCAUCAGCACAGAGUUCACACCCCGAAAGAAAGGUGGAGAGAAAGGCAUCCCUUUCCGCCUCCUGAUCGACACCUUCAGGCUUAGUGACAAGGGGCUUCCGCCGGACCACCUGCACUCGGCUGGCUGCCUCAUCAAGGUUUUUAAGCCCAAAGGUGAGGACCAGAAACUGAAAACGGACCGUGGGAAGCUGGAGAAAGAGCCCAUGCAUGAGAGGGACAAGUAUCAGACCGCCUGCGAGAGCACUGUCUUCUUGGAGGUGCGUGUGUUGGGGCAAGAGCCGGAGGGGAGACUUGGAAAAAAGAUCCUCACCGUACAGAUGGGGAAUGGGGGCCUCCAGGGCUCUGACUGCUGCAGGCCCAUCACAGCUCCCGGGACUCCACUGCUUCCUGAAGAAGAUACUCUCCGCCCUGUCUGUGGUUGUUGAAGCUUCCAGGAGCUGAUGCCCUCCAGGCUGCCUGUCCUGCGUGCCCCAGGCCCAUCGCCACCUCCUUCCUUGUGUGCUCCCUCUGCCUGGCCCCCUCCUCCUGCUGCCACUCCUCCUGGCCAGCUCUUCCUUGGCCCUUCCCCACUGCCCCAGGCCCAACGGCUCGUUAAUCUCUUCCUUCCUAUGGAAACUCAGUCCACUUGUCAGGGCCUUGGUCAGCUCUUAAUAUACAGGUGGAGAGCAGAGAGCAAAGACCUGCAUUGCUGUGUGUUUGCCCACAGUGUUCGCCAUGGCCGGAGUCCCCCCGCAAAACCCCCGCCACCUCUCAGCUCUCUGGCUCUGACCUCUCCCCACUCCUGCAGGCUCCUGUCCCCAGAGAGGCUCUGUUCCUCACCGCCAUUCGCUCUGGACACCUUGGGGUAUAGCCCCGUUGAGGAGCUGAACCACAGAGCCUCCAUCUCAGAGACACAGCAGUGGCUGUAUCAGCAUCGGUUCUCCAGCUACUGCCAGAUGCUGGCCAACUUCACUGGCCCAUCCAUCACCAACUGACUUUGUAUGUGGCUCAGAAGGCCUCUAGGCAAGAGAGCGAGGUUCCUAAGAACCCUGACUCAAGUGAGGUCCUGGCCUCUCUCCAGAAGACAGGAAAUUCGGUGUAGCUGCCUGAAAUCUCUUCUGGGGUGGGUGAUACCCCACCAUUCCUGGGACCCAGAAUGCCCUUCUUGGCAUUCCCCUACCUUCUAUGACCAGAUUAGUCCCUCUCCUUCCAGAAUGUCUCCAUGCGUUUAUUCUACCAUGUUCUACUCCCCUACCUUACCUGUCACUCCAUUAGCAUAUGGAAUUAGAACAUCAUCUUGUGAUGCACUUGAGUCCCAGUCAUUAACAUGUGGGUGUCCUAGGCUGGCGUGGUGGCUCACACCUGUAAUCCCAGCACUUUGGGAGGCCAAGGCGGG